AUGAAGAGAAAAAAGAAAAAGACUGAUCGGAUUUACAAGAAGCAGCCUAUUAUUAACGAGUUCACCAGUACCAGCGUAUUAAAUCCAGCGCAUGCUAUGUAUUGGAAAAACACAUGGUGGGAAGGAAAACCGUAUCCUUCAUGUGAAGAAAUCAAGUUGAAUGAGGGCAUGAUCAUAUCGCAUAACCAAAAUUAUCCAGUACAGUAUAUCCUGAAAGCUCAUUACGUACAGAAUUGCUAUCGGGACUCCAUACCUGUUUUGAACACUAAUGUUGGAUUAGUUAUUGAUAAGUUUACAAAGCCCCUUCCUAUUGUCGCAGAGUCAUGGGCCAACUUUACACAUCACAACACUCGAGGGUCUUUCAGUUACAGUGUAGUGUCCAUCGUUUAUGCGAUAGCCGUACUGGCAGUCAUCACAUGGUUUCUCACCAUCUUUGUAUUUACAAACUAUACCAUUAAGCCAUCGUGGUUGUUGAAAUUAUCAACUUUGCUUUCAUCGGUUUACAUUCUAGUCGUUGUCAUAAAAUCAAUCAUUAUUCUUCACCUGCAACAGAGAGAAGGAUAUCUUCAUGGUGCUAAAGUCUUGAAUGAAAUAAACGAAAACAAAGCUGUCAAUAUAAUCGACUUGAUUGUGGUCUUACUUCUCCAGAUUAAUCAAGUACAGAUAAUAAUGAGAUUGUUUCAGAGACAAAAGGAUAAACGUCUCACAUUUUAUGUCGGCUGUGCAGCCUCUUUAACGUCACAGGUGAUUUGGGGUAUUUCACAAUUUCAUUACUUUGAUGUAAACAACGAAGCCGGGGAUAUUUUACCUGCAUUUAUUUAUUUGGUGCGGAUUGCUAUGGCCUUGUGUUAUGCUGCCAUUAUAACAGUUUACUUCAUCAGUAAAAUCCAAAUCAUAAUAGCCAAUCGUCGUAUUUGGUUAUUGACACUCCUCACAUUGAUCUUGAUUUACAGUCCAGUAGCAUUUUUCAUUGCAGAUGUGUCAAAUGCAUUUAUAUACGAGUUAUCGGAGAUAUUCUCUGUGGUUAAUUACGUGAUAGGCGUUGUUAUCCCGUGGGAAUGGUGCAACAAGUUUAAUCUUAUCAUGAGAGCGAAGGAAAAGGAAGGUGUUCUUGGAAGACGAUUCUAUGAAGACGAAUCUUAUGAGCUUGACAGGUUCGAGCUUUUUGUUGAGGAACAAAUGCCUGAGGAGGAGGAUGGCGAUGAAGAUGACCCGGGUUCAAGCAAUCCUAAUGAUGUAGAAGCUACUCAAGAUAGAAGAGAUUUAAACUCACUGGGCACUACCCUGAUUCAUGUUAGUUCUGACAUCGAGGCCAAAGAAUUUUCAGCUGCCAAGAAGGUCUUACAUGCAUUACAGGCUUCCAAGAAAGCGUUCUUGACACUCACGGAUAAUAUCAUAGCAGCUGGUUUUGCUAUACCCAGAUCAGUGAGUGUGUCGACACAUUCAUUCACUGGUCGGCUGAAAGACCCUCAUAAUGUUGAUCUUGACGAAGAAAUUGACGCCAGAGUUCAUUCAAAUGUUGCUAGAGGUAGAUCUAGUGUGGAUCGAACUGCCCGCGAAGGUCCACCAGAGUUUAACACGGCAUCAUCUACAACUAGCAGAAACAGAAGAAAUGUUUAUGUAUAUGCUAAGAAAGAGGUUGUUGUCGAUCUUUCAAGCCAGGAGGAAGAACGUUGA